ACCUACACUAGCAGACAAGGCAGUGCAAGCCAGCAAAUAGCCCAUAGCUGAGGACUGCCAGGCCAGCACUGCAGAAUAGCUACCACUCAGAGAACCUCUGGACCUCAAGAAGACAUCUUCUAACCAGGCAAAGACAGUUGAAGCCAGACACGAGAAGCAGAGGACUACCAGCAAGCAACCCUGCCGAAUAACAUCUUCACCAAGAGCACCAGGAGAGGAGUUCUGGACGCAAAGAAGAAGCCUUCAGAAAGCCCAGAACCUCUGGAGGACACAAAGAAGAAGAACCUUCGAGAAGAACCUUCUAGCUCUACUUCCCAAGGCCUCAGAAAACCGCUGAGGACUUUACUGCUCUUGCGCCUUUUGCCGCCGUUGACCUUUUUCCUCGACACAAUGAAGUACCUCAACUACAAUAUCUCCAAGCCCGUCAGCUACCGCAAGUUCGCCUCCAUGACCGUGGCGAAGAAGGAUUGGGAGAGCAUGCCCGACGCCGCUGCUGUGGCCGCCACCGCCACCGCCGCCGUUGUGCCCCUCAAGCCGGUCCGCAACGUGCACUUCCCCGACGCCGUGCUCUUCCACGACUUCGUGAAGACGGGCGAGUUGGAGCGCAUCGGCCGCUUCAUCCGGGCCAAGAAGGCCACGCUGGACACCAUCUACCACACAGGCAUGGCCGCCAUCCACGAGGCGGUGCUGAGCGGCAACCUGGCCUGCGUCAAGCUGCUGGUGGAGCUGGGGGCCGACAUCCACCAGCGGGACGAGGACGGCUGGACGCCCCUCCACAUGGCCUGCAGCGACGGCUUCCCCGAGAUCGCAAAGUAUCUGCUCUCUCUGGGCGCCGACAUCAACGCCAAGAACGAGGACGGCGAAACGCCUGCUGACAUGAUCGACCCGGACUUCAGCCCGGAACUGGCCAAGAUGUUCGGGGUAGAAGGCGGCGACUGAAGAUAACAAAAAACAAAAAACUUGUUUAGAGAAAACUCGACUGCAUUCGCCGCGUUUGUUGUUGUUGUUGCAGUUGUUGUUGGGAGGGACGAUGGGAAAGCAACGUGAGAAAAGACAGUUGUGAGCGGAGGGUACGGUCAUUUCCACCGACUCUAACCGCCACGAGAGAUGAUUCCCUUGGGGGGGGUCCCAGGGAGUGAAGUGGAGUGACUACUGAAGAGAUAGGCUACUCGGUUGCGGUUGUGGCGGCCUAGCUACUGAAAGGACUUGUGACGAGCUUGUGCUGCGAGGAGCUUCUUCAAUCCCAUGAGAUGAAGCCUACGGUGUGCUUUGAGGCUCAGUGGACUGAAGUCGCUUGAUGUCAGCCGUAUCAGACGAACUACGCCAUGACGCUUAAUUUUAACAACACCUCAUUUUUUACGCAGUGUUCAUGUGUGAUUUUUUUUUUUUAAUGCAGCUAGCAUUUUAGUUGUCACUUUAUGUACGCACACAUCUUUGAUGACGCACUAGCAAGCUUUUAUUUAUCACUUAGCAUAGAUCUCCGAUAUAGUUUGAUGUACAUUUAUCAUGAUAUAUUUUAUUUUUUUAUACUUUUUCAAUAAAGUCU